UGAGUUUCUGGAGUUGUCUGUGUCGAGUCUGCGCUUCGUCGGCUCGGUGGUCCACUGUUCGCUGUUUUCUCUCAAAGAACCCAACCAAACCGCAACGCCGCGUCGGGCUAAACCCCCGAAGAGGUGUGCGAGCAUGUGAAAUGUCGACUUAGCGAAAGGAAGAUGUUCUCAUUUGGGAAAAGAGCCCCGAAGAAGUUGCUGUGGCAGAUCUGCGGACUGCUUUGGUGGUCGCUCCUGCUCGAGCUAGCGUCGGGAGCGUCCUUUUAUGGUGAUGGAUUUGUACAGCUGAAGGCAACAGAGUCGUCCGACCAUAACAAACUCCGCAUUCGCUUCCGAACUUCCAGUACCAAUGGCCUGCUGUUUCUCGCCGCCGGCCAGAGCGUCUACUUUCUGUUAGAGCUUAACGCCGGUCGCCUGCAGCUGAAACUGGACUUGGGAUCUGGGGAGCAACUAUUACAAUCCGAGAGAGGAACACAGCUCAAUGACCUUGCCUGGCAUUCGGUGGAGGUCAUCCAUUUCAAGCGCAAUGUCACUCUGACAGUAGACAAGAACUCCCACACAAGUGCAAAGAUCCUUGGCCACCAUCAUGUUCUCAACAUCUUAGAUGGUGUCUAUGUGGGAGGUUCAGUUGGCCUUGACAGACAUUACCUCCCCAGAGAACCGAUUGGCUUUCGAGGUUGCAUGGAGGACGUCAUAUUCAAUGAACAUGACUUGCUGUCAUUGCUGAGACCAUACACUGGUUUUAAGACUGUCCAUGAGGUGUCUCUAGGUUGUAGUCCCCAGUUUUUUGCCACCGAAGAUGACCCCAUUAGCUUCUUUAGCUCUAAGGCUUACAUUUCUCUUCCCCACUGGAAUGGCCAGCAAGAAGCUGUGUUUGAGUGUGUUGUGCAUACUUCAGCCAGAGAGGGUAUAGUCCUGUACAAUUCUGCCAAAGAGGGGGACUUUGUGGCAUUAGAAAUUCAAGAAGGCUUGCUUGUGGCUAUUGUUCGGAAAGGUGGCAGCAAAACGGAGCUUCGUUCUCUUACAUUCAUCAAUGACAGGAAAUGGCAUGCUAUCAAAAUGCACUUAAAUUCGAGAACGCUUGAACUAAUUGUUGAUGGUGAAAUGGUAAAAAGCAGCCUUGGCUCCCGCUCAAAAGGGCUGCAGUUUAAACGCUAUGUUUUUAUUGGAGGCAUCGAUGACAGCACCAGAUCAGAAGUCAGAAAGGUUAAAUUGAUGUCUGUGUCAGGAAAACGAAUGCAUGGAGGCUCCUUCAAAGGAUGUAUGAAGAAUAUUGAAUUGAACAGAGUGAAGAUGGGGCUUGCCAAUGCAGUUGUCUCAAAGGAUAUCUCAGUUGGCUGUGAACCUGAGAAAGAACCAGUGUCAUUGACCACUAUGAGUCCAACAAGUGCCCCGGAAUCCCUGUUUUUCUUGGUGACCCCAACACCGCCAUUGCACAUGUCAACACUUGCAAGGGGUUUGGACAGAAGGUAUGGCUCUGAUUUUGUGCAGUUAAAACCCCUCGUAGUUGAAGAAGGUGGUCGAGCAUCUCUUGAGGCCAAACACAUCAAGGUACUCUUGGAUUUCAAGACGCUUGGUAUCCGUCAGUCUCAGAUCAUAUUUCAAAUUCAAGAUCAGCCAAUGCAUGGUCAGGUCAGGCUUGAUGUGGAUCAAGACCAACCUCAGAAUACCUUCAGCAUGUUGGACCUUUGGCAUGAGCGAGUAAUGUAUAUCCAUGGAGGCUCUGAAGAUCCAGAUGACUUCUUCAUGUUUUCAAUAUCUUCCAGCAGUCGGAAAGAAGUUCCGGAUUAUCUCACGGCUAACAAAUUAUACCGUUUCAACAUUACGGUAAUACCCACCAAUGAUGCACCUGAAUUGUGUCUCCCCGAAGGAAAUCUAUUUGUCUUGUUGGAAAACUCUAAAAAACGCCUCACUCCAGAUGUUUUGAAGGCCACAGACAUAGACAGCAAUGAUAACAAUCUUGUUUUUACAGUGCUUGGGAACCUGAAUGCAGACGCAGGCUAUUUGGAAAUUGAGGAUAACCAAGGAACAGCAGUGACCUCAUUUUCUCACUCAGACUUGCAAGAACUGAGAGUGUAUUAUUUUCACACAGGAGUUAGAAACUCAAGGAUAGUCCUUCGAGUCAGUGAUGGUGAGAAGGUGAGCAACACUGUGGUUUUAAGGGUGAUGGCUAUAGCACUUGAGUAUAAAAUUGCCAACAACACAGGUCUUAAUAUCAAUCAAGGAGAGACAGCUGCAAUUAGUACACAACAGUUGUCUGUGGAAACCAAUGCUGUGAGACAAGUAAUUGACAUCCGUUAUGAUGUAAUUGAACAACCACAGUAUGGAGAACUUCAGAGACUUCACUCAAGUGGUGAAUGGAGGCCCACUGACUCGUUUUCUCAAAGGCUUCUAGAAAAAGGACGACUAAGGUAUGUUAGCACAUACCAUGAGAUCCAGACAUCCAAUGCCACUGAUUACUUUAAAUGUAAAGUCCAUGUGGCUGCAAGGGCAAUUACAGAAAUACUUUUCCCAAUCACCGUGCAAUGGGUGAGGUACAACUUGGUGAGGAAUGUAAUUAUAACCCUGGAUAAAGUUAGAAAAGUGACACUUGACUCAGAGUAUCUGUUUGCUUCAGCCAAGGGUGUGAUUGUCCCUGAAGAGGAUCUUUAUUUUAGGGUUCUCACCACACCAAAGAAAGGGAAACUGCUACUUAACACGACAGUCUUGAUGAAGAACUCAUCCUUUAGUCAAAAAGAUAUCACAGAUUUAAAAGUACACUAUGAACUAGUUGACCGGCCUCACGAAGACACACACGACAGAUUCAAAUUUCACUUGUUUUCCAAACAUGCUCAGUCCCAAAACUAUGAUUUUCAGUUUUCAAUUAAAGCUGAUGUUAACAGUGUUUUCGUCAGGAAAGCCGGGCUGGUUCUUCAAGAGGGGGGAAGUAAGUUGAUCACAAAAAAUGAACUGUUUGCAGAAACUUUGCUUACACGGGAUAUGUACUACACUGUAAUAAGCAGUCCCAAACAUGGAAAGCUUGCUCGUAUAACUCAGUCGAAUUCAAAUUCAACCUAUAACAACAUCUUAACCUUCAGCAAUCAAGAUCUCUUAGAGGACCGGAUCAUGUACGUCCACGAUGACAGUGAAACAAGUCAGGAUGAAUUCACUUUCAUUGUCUCUACCACCAAAGGUUUCAAAUCUUUCAUUGCAAAUGAUGAAAUUGGGUCCAAAGAAGAAACGUUCAACAUAUCCAUUCAACUUGUAAAUGAUCAAAAACCAGUACGUGUGAUUGAUAAAGUUUUCUAUGUAGUAAAAGAGGGACAAAGGCUGCUCACUGUUGAAGAUUUGCGUUAUCAUGAUCCAGACUCAGAUUUUAACGACGGCCAAUUGAUUUACAUUCGGCGUGGAAUCCCCGUGGGAGAUUUGGUGCUGGUGAAUGACACCAAUCAUCGGCUAUUUGAGUUUCGCCAAAAGGAUUUAGAAGAAAAGAAAGUAUUGUUCAUUCAUAAAGGUGCAAGCGUCGGUAGAUUUGUGCUCUUUGUCUCUGAUGGCAAAAACUUUGUAUCAAGUCUUUUAGACAUAAGUGCACAGGACCCUUUCUUGAAAGUUGUAAAUAACACUGGUUUACUGGUGCAGAAGGGACAGUCCGUUAUCUUUUCCACCACCAAUUUUACUGUCAGAUCCAAUCUGGAUGUUCGAGAUGACCAGCAAAUCUCAUUCAAGUUGAAUGACACUCCUACGUAUGGAAGGCUUUAUCGAGACGAAAUAGUGGUGGAGUCAUUCACACUGUCUGACCUCAAGAACGGAUUAAUCUCUUAUCAACAUGAUGACAGCAAACAUCUGUCAGACCAUUUCAACUUGACAGUAACAGCUAAAGACAUCCACCUUGCAGCAAAGAUCAAUGUAAAGGUUUACCUGGAAAGUCAUCAGAGGCCACCCAUUGUGCAGCAUCGCAACAAUCUACUGGUAGAGGAAGGAAAACCAGUCAAGAUUGAUGAGACUAAACUAGAGGUCACGCAUGAGGACAAUGUGCCAUCUGAGAUCGUGUUCACAGUCAAGGCUGGCCCCUAUCAUGGCUUUCUACGACAUUUUAUGGAAGCAGACGGGCAUUAUAUCGGAAGCGAGGAGUCUCCUGUCAAGACAUUUACCCAAAACGACAUUAACAGCGGAAACAUCCAAUACGUGCAGGCGGAGCUCAGCAAAGUCAACGACACAUUCAUCCUGGAAGCCACCAACGGUGUCACCGACGUCAGCGACAUUAGCAUCUCGGUCGAUAUCAUACCCCGCCACAUCCCACUUAAGGUUUCCGAUUUCACAGUGGAUGAGGGCGGCUACAAGGCCUUGACAAAGGAAAUACUUGAAGUCACCAACCGACACUUUGCUGGAAUCAACUUCCUUUUUAAUGUGACGGAGCCCCCACAUCAUGGCCACAUCGAGCACUCUCGACAUCCCGGUGUACCCUUGACAUCUUUCACCAGGAGACAGGUGGAGCAUGACUUCAUCUACUACGUCCACGACAGCAGCGAAACAUUAGCGGAUAACUUCACAGUGGUUGCUAACGACACGGGCCUGAGGAAGCAGAGUGAGACUCGCACAGUGUUCGUCCAAGUUACAGCUGUCAACGACGAGCCCCCUGUUAUUACCGCCAAUAGGGUCCUCAGGGUUUGGGUGUCCUCAGUGACAGAGAUUUGCCUGGAGGACUUAAGGGCGCAGGACCUCGACACGUACCCUGAAGAACUCCACUUCAUGGUAACCCCUCCCAGCAACGGACAUCUGGCCCUUAAGAGUGCCCCCAUGACCGCAGUGCUCAACUUCACCCAGGCCCACAUCGACCAGGGACAGCUGCUGUUUGUGCACAAAGGUGCCAUGUCUGGAGGGUUCAACUUCCAAGUCAACGACGGUGUGAACUUCACUCCCAGACAGAUCUUCAGCAUCACUGCGAGAGCCUUGGUCCUCAAUUUGGUGCUGAAUCGCCCCCUUAAGGUCUUUCCAGGGUCAACAGCAGCAAUUUCAAAUGAGGAAUUGCAAGUAGUGACCAACGAUGUCAGCGGUACUUCUAACCGCACAAUUACAUUUAGUGUAAUUCGACAUCCUAAACUGGGGCGCUUGGUGAGGAAACAGGCUGAAAAUUACUCAGUUGACAUCUCCACCUUCACGCAAGAUAUGGUGGAUCGAAAAGAGGUCGCGUACAUUCAAACCCCCGUUGAGUCAGUGGGUUGGGAGGCCAUGGACUCGCUGACCUUCUCUGUGGCAUCACCACCUUCGUCUCUGGAGAGUCAGACCUUCAAGAUUGAUAUCUCCUAUGAGAAUACAGGACCUGAACAUAACACAGUCCUUUUGGCAAACACAGGUGCGGAAGUGACAGAAGGAGAAAGCGUCAUUAUUGAUGAGUCCAAGCUUGAUGCCACUAACCUGAUGUCUAAGCUGCCAACGCCUCAGCGGAGCGCCAAUGAAGUCUGGUUCCAGGUGACGUCGUUGCCACAGCAUGGUGUCAUUGUCGUCGGUGAAAGAAACCUCACGAAGGAGAAACCCAACUUCUCUCAAUUCAUUGUCAACAAAUACGGCAUUACCUACAAGCACGACAACUCUGAGACAAGCCACGAUUCAUUCGCUUUCAGCGCAUGGGUAAACCCAAAGGGCAAAUCGGCUCAAAGGCCUUUGGAUGACAUUGACGUUAUUGAGGAAUCUUUCAACAUUACAAUCACUGCUGUGAAUGAUCAGCCACCUGUGCUGAAGACUAAAGCACCGAGUCUGACAGUGGUACAAGGAGAUACAAUAGCCAUUAAUCCGGAGAACCUCAAAGUAGAAGAUUUAGACAAUCCCCCUGAUGAUAUUGUCUUCUCUGUGAUUAGCAAGCCAAACAAUGGUUACCUAGCUCUUGACGGAAGAUUGAAUGAGACGAUUGGAGCCUUCACCCAAGCCCAGAUCAAUAAUGGAAGUGUUUAUUUCGUCCAUGAUGGUAGCCCUACCUCAGGGGUUUUCUACUUCAGUGUCACGGAUGGCCACCAUAAGCCAAUUUACAAACUAUUCAAUUUAGACGUGACAAAAAUUACCAUCUUACUGGUCAACCACACAGGACUGACACUUGAGCAAGGUAGCACUGCAGUCUGGCUGAUCCAAGACAACCUUGCUGCCAAGACGAAUGGCAGGAACGCCACCAUUCACUACCAAAUUACAAGGCCUCCAAUGUUUGGCAAACUUCUGCUGGGCACCCAAGAGGUGUCGCAGUUUGAACAACAAGAUAUACAGACCGGACAUCUAGCUUACCACAUGACCAAUCUUUCGUCUGCGGAAGACAGCUUCGAGUUCACAGCCUUCACUUCUGAGGCCAAUCUGAGUGCACAAGUGCUAAACAUCACUGUCACUCCUCUGAUCCGGGUUGGCAAAAGUGCGAGGGCACCCACUGGAAUUGUCGUAAAACUCAACUCCGCUUCACUCGAUGUUUCUAAACUGGCAGAUAUUUGUAGAUGUGACCCUGUAUUUGAAAUUUUGUCACACCCCAAUUUCGGCAAAGUGGUCCGGCCAAAGACUAAAAAGUGGCGUAAAUCUGAAGCAGUUGAGUCUUUCACUUUCCAGGAUAUUACACAAGAGAAAGUAGCCUUGGAGUUGAAUGCCAACAUGACAGAAGUUCAAGAAUUAAAUGACUCACUGGUGUUUUUACUGAAAGCUGAUAACAUUCAACCUGCUAAAGGAGAGUUCCAUUUUACCAUUGUACCGUAUGAUCCUGCGGUUGGCCAAACCACAAAAAAUCCUGUGGUAACAACAUCUUUUCUCCCUCAGACAACAAUCCAGACUCCUAGAAAUGGAAGUGCUUCACCAGAGCGUUCCACACCUGUCACAUAUACCCAGCAGCCAAGCAAAAAUCAACAAAGGUUCAAAGGCCGUAACCGCUGGGGGAAGUCCAAUAGAACAAGCCAUUUCAGCACAACUCUUGGUAAACCCACAGGAGGAACCGAUAAUUUCCCCUUCAUAAACACACCCGUUCGUGUGGAAUCCUACCCGCAAAAAAGCUCCAACCCUCUUCUGGUUAUCUUACCACUGCUCGCUCUGCUGCUGCUUGUGAUCAUCUUUGUGGUGCUCGUUGUUUUCCUUCGACACCACCGGCGGCGGAAGCGCAGGACCGACACGCCAAAGGAGCCCACUCCUGCCGCUCUUCCAAGCAGCCAGUCACAUCAGGGCCAGACUCAAAGGAGCACCACCGUUCCCACAGUCACUGUUACCCCAUUAAACCCCACCAGCACAGGUAGUCCCACUCUCAGUCACUUACUGCUACGGAACCAGCGACUGUACAAUUAUAACACUGUUGAUUCAAACAUUCUUGUCAGUUCCUGGAGUAGUGAUUCUCCCUCUGCGUCGUCGCAGAUGAUCCAGACUGCCACUCCUUCCCUUCAGAGGAAUCAGUAUUGGGUUUGAACACAUUUAGAAGCAGGGAAUUGUCCAAAAUGUCUGAGUAAGAUAAAGAUUCAAGAGCAACUAAGGGUUGUAGAUCGUUUUUUUAUUUUAUUUUUUUAUCAAGCGAUAUAGCCCAAGACUUUGCCUAUAUCGAGUAUGUCAAGGUAGUGACACUGGUAUUGAUCACUAAAGCCUGUUCAACACUAAGAUUCUGGGAGCUUUAGACAUAAAAUGUGAAAUUGUGGGAAAAAUCGUCCAUUAUAGCUCAAAAAACAGCGAUCGUACAUUUCGCAGUGAGACCGGAACAACAAAUGAAAGCUCGAACCAUUGUGCGUUAAAGACAGGCUGUCACAGAAUUGUAGAAAAAUCAUGUUGGAUGGAGAUGGAGGCACUUUGGUCAUUCUAGAUGGCUAAAUGUAUAUCGUCGCUGUCGGGCAGAAUCCUUCCAUUUCCAAAAUUGUUACUUUUCGACACACACACACACACACACACACACACACACCAUCUUAACCGGCCUUCCCAGUUAACAUGGAUAUUUAACUUCUAAAGCCGUCAAUGGCAGUGAAUGUGUGUUUAUUGAGUUACCAAACACUCCAUCGUUCAGGUUGGAAUUAUACCUCAUAGUGCUAUCAUAUACUGUUGCACACCAACACAAAACCACCCCUAAAUCAUGUUCAAUCCCUAAUUUAAUUUGCAAAAUCAUUCUCUAAUUCAUUAAGAUGUCAUUGAUUACAAUGCUACAGACCCAUCGCCAGCUGUGUACAUUAAAGUCUGCACUCGCGCUGACACUCCGACAACACGAAAAGGCUUUAUUAAAAACAAAUGUUUUUGCACAAAUGCUUAACGUCUAACUGCUAUAAAGGAAAUUGCUUUGAGCAUUACGAAACAACAAGUGAUGCAACAAGCUUUACUUUGAGCUUACCUGUGAAAGGAUCUCGAUCAUUCGUCGUAUCAGUUGACAAUGCUUGUAAUGCUCAUUAAGGCAAGUCCUCCACCGAUACCUACAGAGGAGAUAAAAAGUCUACACAGCCCUGUUCAAAUGCCAGGUUUUUGUGGUAUAAAAAAAUGAGACUGAGGCCUUUGUCAAGGUGAAUGGAAUUAUGAACAGUUCCAAAUAACAGUCAGCUUUAGCACAACAAUGUCAGGCUUCUACGAGAAAGCAAAAAUGAAAAGCCGACUACAACAUUUGAACUUUAUUUGGAGUUAAUCCGAGGCACUUUAAAUAGUAGCAGGUGUGUGCCAAAUGCUGACUCCCAUUAAAUGAGUUUGACUGUGAUUGGUUAAUUCUGAACACAGCUACAUCCCCAGUUAUUAUAGGAUGUGCAUACGUGUGCAACCACAAUCUCAGUUUUUUGUUUUUACUUUCACGCUUGAAAAAAUGUCAUGAUUUUUUUCAAUUGAGUUUUACAGGUUAUAGGUCACAUUAAUGGUGUAAAAAGUUUUUAAAAGAUGUAUCUGGGUCUCAUUUUUUUUUUAGAAUACAAAAACCUGGGUGUGUAGACUUUUUAUAU